CGACCCGGGACGGGCUCGCGCUGCGCUGCGCCAUAGAAAUAUCGUGCACAUUAAUCAAGGAGCGUCCCUGAGUGCUGCUGAGUGUGCUGCACGCUGCUAGUCAGCUGUACAAUUAGGUGGAGCUCGUCGGUGCCCCGCAACACGCCGUCGACCGGAGCCGCAUGAGUAAACUAGAGAAGCUCUCGUUCAACGACGUGCUGAAGUGGCACGCCCUCGCGGCGGGCCCCGCGGGCCUCGUUUUAGUAAUGCUGCCGCACCGGCUCUUCGCGCAACUGAGCGGCGCGCCCUACAGCCCCGCGGCGCACGAGGUCGCGCGCUGCUACGGCGCGCUGACGGCCGCGCAGGCCUGGUUCGCCUGGCGCACGCGGCGCAUCGCCGACGGCCGCGUGCGGCGCAUGCUCGCGGAGGCGUACGCGCUCUGCUACGCGCUGACGGGCCUCGCGCUGGGCCGCGCGAUGGCGGCGGCGCCGGUCGGCGCCCUGGGCGCGCUGGCGUGCCUCGCGAGCUGGGCGCUCGCGUUGCUCUACGCGUACUUCCGCGUCGUGCGGCGGAUCAAGUCCUUCGAGCUGCCCGGGUCCGUGGCGGACGGGCACGACCUUUGA